AUGAAGUCGUCGAACAAUUUCAUUGCAUUUCUGUUGAUAUUUUACUACUGGAUCCGAGGAAUGCUAUUAUUCUUUGUCCCAAAAAGUUUACGCUUUAAGUCAGUGAAGGAUCGGUUGGUUUUGAUCACUGGUGGCGGCAGUGGUUUAGGCCGAGCGCUGGCCAUCCGUUUCGCCAAACGCGGCGCUCAUGUAGUCGUUUGGGACGUCAAUAAGAGUGGGUUGGAGGAGACGGUAGAGCUGGUGAAAGGGGCCAACCCUGAUGUCAAAGUCAAGUCAUACGUCUGUGAUAUAACGGACAGACAUCUGGUGUACGAGACGGCGGCCAAAGUGAAGCGAGACGUCAGUGCAGUCGAUAUACUGGUGAACAACGCGGGUGUCGUCAACGGCAAGAAUCUGAUGGACAUUCCGGACGAGAAGAUUGUGCAGACAUUCCAAGUGAACGCAAUCAGCCAUUUCUGGACAGUGAAGGCUGUGCUGCCGGAUAUGAUGGCCCGAGACAGCGGUCACAUCGUGUCGAUCGCAUCGGUGGCCGGAUCUACCGGUUCGUGUCAGCUCACGGACUACUGCGCCUCCAAGUUCGCGGCCGUCGGCUUUGAGGAGUCUCUUCGGUUUGAACUCUUAAAUGCCAACCUCUUGGGCGUCAAAUCGACAGUCGUUUUGCCCUAUUUUAUAAACACAGGAAUGUUUGCCGGCUUUAAGUCGCCGAUUCUGCCGGCGCUCGAGCCCGACUACGUGGCCGACCAGAUAAUGGCCGGCAUUCUGACCGACGCCGAGCACGUGGCCGUCCCUCGCAUUUGCUAUACUCUCAACACAUUGAAGACUAUUUUGCCGACAAAAGCCUUUUACAAGUUGUAUGAAGUGUUGGGCGGAUACGAAGUGAUGGAGGACUUUGUCGGUAGGGAUGGCGCUAAACAUAACAACAAUUACAUCAAUAAUAAUAACCGAAAAGUUAAAUGA